AUGCCAGAGAAGGAAGCGCAGAAUGCGCAAGAGCACAAGAACAAAGGAAAGAAAAAUAAAAUCAAGAAAACAACAAAGAAAAAGAAACAUCUAAAUGCUAAACCUCCUAAACUUGAGGACUGCGAAACCGUAACCCCUGACUCCCUGAAUCAUAAAUCCGGAUUCCAGAACCACAGAAUCCUGGAAUCCAUAUUACUGAACUUUAAACCACACGGAAUCCUAUAUCCCAAAAGCAUAAACCCGCGAACACUAGGAUCCUAA